UUUAUGGAAAGUCAACGACAUAGCUACUAUUAACCUAUAGCUGUAUAUGCUGCUGUUAAAGAUACGCUGGAAAACCAUGAAAACAUUUCUAACACAAAUUACUUUAUUGUUCAUCUUAGGAACAUCUACUAAAGCCCAGCAAUGUGGAGUGUCCAAUCUACCACCAUUCUCGGACCCUGGUGGAGGAGGGGGUGCUCCUAGGAUACAAUACAGACAGCAAGUGUUGAUCCCUAGCUACCAGUUCACCUGCUCUGGAGUGGUGACACAGUGGGGGGCGUACGUAGAGCCGGGGGGAGAUAGGGACAGAACGGUCUACAUCCCCACUUUUCAAGUGUGGAGACCGGACGGUAAUGGAAAUGGUGUCUACACAAUGGUGGGAGAAAAUGCCUACACGAGCCCAAUAACAGUUAUCGAUAGUAGACUACUAGUGAAUGCUCUACAACCAUUCAUUGAGUUUCAACCUGGCGAUGUCGUCGGGUAUUAUUUGGACAGUACAAGGGAAUCAGAUGAUCGAGGAGUGCAGCUAGAUGUUAGCAGUAGUAACCUGGAGGUGUACUACGGGCCACCUCAAGAGGGAAACACUUUUGAUACUAGAGCUGACGGUGUGGAGGUAGAGGAUAGAAGAGCUCCUAUUCUACUGGUGACAGUGGACUGCAUAUCAUGUUCACCUGGUGCUACUACAGCCUCAGGCAACACAGAGAGCAAUCAACUGGCCAGUGCUCUUGUACCAAGUCUACUACUCGGACUAUUACUAGUGGUGGUCUCAGUAGCGUUUCUAUGGUACGUGAUAAAGAACGAGAUGAACAAACAGUACAGCCAACAAGAUGAAAACACUGUCACAUCACCAAGACGACCCAGCCUAUACAGAAUGCUGUUUAGAAUAGAUAGAGAUAAGAAUGUUGCACAGAAUAGCAACCCUGAUAGUACACCUAGCAACGGGAACAUACAACAACCAGACGCCUACUCUCAAUUGGAAACCAAAACUAACAAUGCUGACAAUGUACAACUUCCACUCGGCUACUCGCAACUGAAGCACGGACAACAAGCCAAUGGACAUCUUAAGAACCAAACGCCAGUGAACAAUGAAGAAGACCCUGAACACUACUCACACCUCCGAGACACUAACAAAGCGUCGACCAUUAAGCUACAGCCGCAACCUAGCUACUCUCAUCUUGAGACCCCGACUGAUGGCACUGGAUACGCUAACCCCACCUACAGUGGAGAGGACGCCCCCAUGUACACUUACAUAGACGUACCGAGACAAGGAGCCAGACUAUCGCAAGUACCCCCCACAGAGCAUCGAUAUGAAGGGGUGGCACCUUCUACAGAAUGUCGAUACGAGGGGGUGGUACCCCCCACAGAGUAUCGAUAUGAGGGUGUGGUGCCUGAAAAAAGGAACAGCCAAGUACCUCCUAUAGAUUAUCGUUAUGAGGGGGUGGUACCCCCCACAGAGUGUCGAUAUGAGGGGGUGGUACCUCUAAAACAAUGAGACAUUCUUAGGUACUGUACUAACUGAUGUGUGUGUGUGUGUGUGUGUGUGUGUGUGUGCAUUUGACAAAUAUUUUGUGCUAUUCCGCAAAUUUAUUGCAAAACUACACAAUAGAUUAUUACAGCGAACAAUAGUUGCAUUCAAGUAAGGUCUAGUGAACAAUGCUUCCAUUGUAAGGCCUCCUAUUAGAGAGAUCAUGAGACCUGCACACACACUCUUAACAAACAGUGUGUGUGCAUAGCUAGCUAGAAAUGGACGACUCUACAAAGCUGCUAGUACUGUUGCUGGCUAUUGGGACAGCUACACUCACUACCGCUCAGCAAUGUGGAGUGGCUAACCUCCCACAAUUCUCGGACCCUGGCAACAGUGUGGACACGUUGGCAUUCAGACAGCAAGUGUUGAUCCCUAGCUACCAGUUCAGUUGCUGUGGGGUGGUGACAAAGUGGGGGGCGUACGUGCAGCCAGGAGGGAGCAUGCAUACAAACGUCUACACCGCCACCUUUCAAGUAUGGAGACCAGAGGGCAAUGGCGUCUACACAAUAGUCGGGGAAAAUGCCUACCCAAACCCGAUAGAACUAAAGGAUAAUAGUAGGCUACAAGUGAGUGCUCUACAACCAUUCAUCGAGUUCAAGCCUGGCGAUGUGGUCGGGUAUUACUUGGACAGUACAGAAUCCUCCGGCUCAGUGCAGCUGAACGAGACCAAUAGGAACGAGGAGGUGUACUAUGGGCCACUAAUUAACGGAAAAUUUGACACUACAGCAAUCAGAGUAUCGAGAAUAAGUCUGGCUCCCAUUAUUUCCGUGGCAGUGGAUCGCUCUGACUGCAUCAUCAUCAACAACACAGACACUCCAGUCACUACCCUCGCUACCACACAAGCUGACAACUCUCUUGCAGCUAUACUUGCACCCAGCUUGAUAGUGGCCUUCUUACUGGGAAUCAAUAUUACGGUAAUAGUCAUUGGAAUGAUAUUAUGGUUAAACCAUAAGAAGGCGAAAGAGAACAAGCAAAACAGAGAAACCUUCGUGGCUAGACUCAGCGAGAUAGGUGAACCAACUGAUAGUGGGCGGAGAGUCCACACUAAUGGUGGGAAGAGGAAAGACUACGUUGAUGCAGUUAACCCACUGGCCACAGGGAGGAACACACACAAUGAAAACAUCUCUGCCCUACCCAACUCUGCCUAUGCUGCAAACAACUCGGAUUUUACAGAAAAUUCAGCCUAUACUUCAGAUUUUACAGAAAAUUCGGCCUACGGUACAAGUAACUCUGCCUAUGCUGCAGUCAACUCCGAUUACACAGGCAACUCUGCAUAUGCUGCAAUCAACUCGGACUACACAGGCAACUCCGCCGUAUACAGCUACAUAGACGAGGAUCAGCUACAGAUAGUUUCCAAGGAAAUGACACAUACGCAACGUGUGUACAAAAACUAAGAACUGUUUAUCAGCACGGAGCAUAUUUUAAUUUUUAAUUAGCACUCGUACAACAAGUUUAAUAGCGAUCCAUGUGACACACAGAUAACUAGCUACCAUGCAAUGUUUGUUUGUGCGAGUGAAAUAUACUAAUUAAGCACUUUGUACAAUUUUUAUACUUAUAAGCUG